AUGCAGCUCCUCUUCCUCUCGACGCUUCUUGCCGCCUUCUCGCUGCAGGCGGCCGCCGCGGACCCUGCGCCGAUCGGCGAGUGGCUCCAGUGCGUGCAUCUCGUCAACAUCUACUACUUGCAGUGCCAGCCCAAGCUAACGCAAGCGGCCACGGUCCCCCGCUACGACCAGUGCGGCGGCAUCGGCUGGACGGGCCUCACCUGCCUCCCGACCUGCACCGUCCCAAUGCGUCGUCUCCGAUUGCCGUGA